AGCGGAGCAACAGGAGCAUCAAGGCCAGUAAGUUUUUCACGACACUCCUCCAACCGAGCAGCUUUUUUCUUCCCUUGUUGAAAAGGAAUCCGGAAUUCGUGGCGCAGUUGUUGCAGUGGAACCCCAACGUCUGGGGCUGGCUAACUCGCGAGGACAAGAUGAAAGUAGGCCUAGAUGCUAAAAAGGUCGUCCUCGUCCUCGGCGCGUUGGGCACGGAAAAGCGGCGCGACGCUUGGCCGAUGCUAAACGAUGUCGAACUGAUGAAAGCGGCCGCGGAAAUCGUCCCAGACUUUGUGGUGGAUGACGUGCUGCCCAUGCAGGAGGUUGUCGAGGUCAUGGAGCCCACCAGCGCCAGCACGGGGAAGCCGGGUGAAGAAUGUGCAACAGAGAAGCAUGAAAACCCCGUGUGGCAAAUGAAACAUGUGUUUUUGGCCGUGGUCGAGAAGCGGCCAGAUGCUAUCAAAUACUACAAGAGGAAGACUACGAGAGGCAGCAACCGCGGUGAGGGUUCCUUUUUCGAAAAGAUUCUGCAGAGAAAUCCUGUCGCUACCUUGUAUCUCAGUAACGAGGAG